ACCAUUCUGUUCUGUGAUCAUUUGUAUUAUUUUCAUUCAAAAAUAACGAAUUUUAAAAUUUAAAUAGUUCCUUAAUUAUUAGUUGUUUCAAUUAUUUUCAAAAUUAUGGUCGAAAAUCAAAACAUUUUUGAUGGAAUUUCGGGAGAUUCCAUUGUUUUAAAUGGUGAUAAUAUUUCAGAAUGUUCAAUUCAACAACACUCAUCAGUUAUAACUGACCGAAAUUAUUGGCAUGCCUUUUUAAUCCACAACGUAACGAAUCCAAAGAGGAACGAAACAUUGAAGAUUAUUUUGAAUUAUGUAUAUCCCGAAGCACUUCUGCCAAUUUUUUUUCAAAGCCGAGGAAGGGACUGUAUAUUUUUGGCCAGAAAUUGUUCUGGCGCUAUUUUUAAGUUAUUAAAGAACAAUUUAGUUAUUCCCAAUCCUUUAGACCCUUUAUCUACAUACACUUGUGAAAUAAUUCUUAUGUACUCAUCUGUAUCAAAGUUUUCGUUUCCACCAAAUAAUAUAUCUAAAGUAUUGAAGUUUCUCUUUGAUGACCAGUCAAGAAUGCUGAAUAUUGAAAAAUUUCAUGAUAAUAAAGAAUUAGCAGAGUACUAUCCUUUAUCUCAACCAAAGCUAUUAUGUUUUGUUCUUCGUAUUUCUGAUAACAUGAAGCCAGCUUGUAUAAAUUUGAAGUGUAAUGAAAUUAGGACAUUAUCACCUUUUCAAGUCCUCCAAGGUUCAAAUUCAGUUGAAAAAUUGGAUUUAAGAUAUAAUCUUAUUGAAGAUUUGGAAGAAUUGAAAUACUUGAAAUUUUUUAAUUUGCUUGAAUUAUGGCUUGAUGGAAAUCCUCUUUGUGGAAAAUAUGAUGCAACAUCUUAUAUUAAAAGUAUUAAGAAAAUUUUGCCAACGUUGGAAAAGCUGGAUGGCGUUACCAUAGGGGCCUUUGGAUUACCAAAGCUUGAACAGAACUUUCUUUGUAGUAAUGAAGGUUUUGAUCUUGUAGAGCAAUUUGUUAUUCAUUUUUUCUCAUUAUAUGAUACUGAAAGAAAGUUACUGGUAGAUAUUUACCAUCCAAGUGCCAUAUUUUCAAUGACCAUUGAUACCUGCCAGGAUAUUGGAGACAGAGAUAGAUUAUUUGUUUACAAGAAUUUCACUAGAAACUUAUUAAGAUCAAAUCCUUCUGAUAAUGAGGCUGUCAUUGGAAACAUACGAAUUUUGAACACGUUGUGUGAAUUACCCCAAACAAAACACAAUAUGCAUACAUUUUCAGUUGAUUUGAUUUAUUACUCGGAUUGUUCAGCUGUUCUCUCCAUAACCGGUACUUUCUGUGAAAAUAUGAAACGAAAUCAGUCUGAAUUUGUUUUUGGUUUCAAAAGAACAUUUACUAUUAUCAGACAACUAAGUUAUUAUGUUAUAUACAACGAUCUUCUGCAUAUCAAUGAAGUGUCUAAAUGUCAAUCUGGGGAUGCCUUGAAAAGUCAUGAAGUAAAAAAAAUAUCUUCUACUCGUCGUAAAGCAGAGGAAACUAUGGUAGAAGAAGCAAUGUGUCGCAUUACAGGUGUACAUAAAACAUGGAUAAAGAGGCUUCUGGAAGACGCUGAUUACAACAUUAUCAAUUUUUUGACGUCAUUUGUGGCAUUGGUUGAAGGUAACAAGAUUCCUCAACAGGCAUAUUCACAGAACAGCCAACACAGCUUGAUGGAUUGGUUAGCACCUAAAAUGUUAGAGUUUGGAAUGGAAAAAUUUGAAAAUUAUUUACGUGAAGAAACACUACAAUAUAUUGAGGCAAAUCCAUUACUACAAAGAAAAUAUAUGAACAGUCUUGUCACUAAUAUAUCUAAUAUCGAAGGUUCUCAGCAACAAAUAUAUGAACAAAAAUAUGGUGAUUUGAAUAAGUCUACUCACAAUAUUCCUGGAAAAUCUACUUCAUUAAAUAUUAUGACAUCAGGUGUGCCUAAUCCAUGUAGUUAUAAUAUCGAUAAAGAUUGGAUUAAUAAGCCUCAAAGCAAUUCUAAAAGAACUUCUAACUUGGUAAUCAUUGAAAGAGAGGAAAAAAAAGAAGAUAAAAUUUAUACACAAAAGAAUGCUGCUGCCCAUGAACAUGAAAACUCAAAGAAGAAUAUUCAAGAGAAAUUUGGAGUCUACAAUCCGCCAAUUUUGACUUUUGAUAAAGAAAGGAUUAAUAUUAAUGAUAAAAUUAAUAUGCCACAAGUUGGUCUUAGAAGAGAUAGGGAUAUUUCCAAUGAAGGUGUGAACCCUUCAAGCAUACAAAUAAAAAAACUCAAAUUUUCUGAAACCAGUUUAAAAAAUCAGAACUCUUACUCAAACAUAAUUUCUGGAGGAAACAAAAAGAAUGCCUGCAAAAAUAACUCCGAAAAGGUCAUUCGAGAAUCAUCUGUUGUUGAUGUACUCCCAACUUUGGAUACGAGUUCUAAUUUGAAGUUGGAAAAGAGAAGAGAGAAAGACAAAGAAAAUAUAAUUCAUGAUAAAAAGGAUUAUGUCAAUGAAAAGAACAACUCUGGAUGCAUUCAAAGAGAAAGGGCUAACUUUUCUGUAUACAUACCCGAAAAUCAGAACUCUUCCUCAAACACAAUCUCUGCAAAGGACAAUUCUGAAAAGCUUACUAAAGAAGAAUCCUAUGUUGAUAUUCGCCCAUCAUUGACUCUCAUGGAUAAUAAAUGGCUAUUUGUUAAGGAUCAUGAGGAAUAUGAUUUUCACCAAACAUUUAAUAAAUGGACUUUGGUGUUUAAAAAUAAAGAAGGAAAAUAUAUUCCUAAACAAGAUGAUUUCCAGAAAAGUUUCACAUGUUGGAAAAAGCACUUUCCCACUUACCCUGAUGAGAACUUGAGCCAUUCUCUUCAAUCUUCUUGUAUCAAGUCUCAGUUGUUUGCAGUAUUUGACACUAUCAAGUAUCCUGUUACAUUUUGGGAUUUCCCUGCUACUGUUCCUGAGGAUAUCAGACCUCCGAAAUACGCAAUUUUAGAUGGAAUUACGAAAACAAUAACUCCUGGCGGUGACUAUGGAUUCAUUUCUAUGCAAAAAAAAUGGCUUCUUGUCCACCUAAAUCAUCUUAAUAAUUGGGUUUUGUUGAAUAAUGAAAAAAAAAUUGUAUGGAAAGAUGAUAAAUGGAUAAUAGAGCCACUUCCACUAGAAGAAAGAAUAGCAGAAAAUGAUGAACCAGAAGACACAUUUGUGAUAUUUGAUGAUGAAGAUGUAGAAAUAAUAAAUGAAGAAGAGGCAAAAAUUUCUUUGCAGCAAGAACUGGAAGAAAUAAAAACAAUAUAUCCUGAUGAUGCUCAACCAGAAAAAACAAUAACAAUGUUGAACUAUUCUUUCUACAUGUCACAAAACAAUGAACAAGGAAGUGAAAUUUGCAAAGCUGAUAAUUUAACAAAAUGGAGAAAACUGUAUGACGUUGUUCCUUAUUAUCCUAGGUUAGCUUUGAUAGAAGGAUACUGGGUAGUCGUUUGCAAUCAAUCAAAUUUAAAAUUUCACAAAACGCACACCAAUAGUUGGGUAUUGCUAGAAAAAGAUUCUGAAUCAAAUGAGUGGCUUGAAUUAAAAGAAGAUUUCUGUUUAAACACCUUGAGUAAAAAUAUAUUUGAUCAUAUUCCAAUGCCAGUCACUAUGUAUGAUUUUACCAGCAGUGUACCGUCAAAUUGGACACCAACAGAGAGUUUAGUUAUUGAUGGAAAAGUAGUUAAUGUGACUCCAGAUUCUGAUUAUGCCUUUAUUUCUAUUAAAGGUCAAUGGUAUCCAGUAAAAAAAAAUGAAAAAAACGAGUGGGUAGCACUUAAUGAUGUACAUCAAAAUAUAGUUAAAAAAAAAUUGACAAACAUGCCAUUCAAAUUUGAAAACACUGUUGGGGCUACAGUUGAAUUUAAAUCUGAAGAUGAUAGAAAAAUAUCUUCUGUCACUUGCACUUUACUUCAGGUGCUUAUUGGCGUAAAAUUAGUCAAACCUUUAACUCAUUGGGAUAUUGAUGGUGCAGAAGAGAAGCGACCACCUAAAAUAGCAUUAACAGAGAUUGAUGGUGAACUUCAGUGGUGUUGUGUUACUCCAAGUUGUGGAAAGGGUUUUGUUCUAGAGGAAAAUGUUUGGGUAAAAGUAGUAAGUUCAGAAUCUGGUGAAUGGAAAGCAACUCGAUUCAAUGCUUACGAAGGAUGCAUUAUAGGGUAUUAUCUAUUCAACAACGUUUGGAUUACAAUGAAGAAAUACAUAAUAGGUGGAAAAUGGUCACCUCUUUUUGAUUUGGAAACAACGCCAACUACAUAUUGGAAUUACAUCGGUCCUGAAGAAUCUAAGCCACCUUUGAAAAUAGUUGUGGAUAAUAUGGAAAAAAUCAUUCACAAUAACUCCAAUAUGGGCUUCGUAAUGAAGGAAAAUGUGUGGACAUUGAUGGAAAAUGACAAUAAAAAUUGGAAAAUUUGCACUAGAAAUCAAAACUGCUUCUUUUACAAACUGAUUCACGGCAUGUGGCAGAUUGUCGAAAAAGACUCCAAGGGUAAUUGGUCAUAUGGUUCAGACUCUCAAAAAAUGGUCACUUACCAGAAUUUCAACGGACUUAAAAAGUACGCUCCGCCUAAAUGGGUAUUUUUAUCGAAAGGAACAAAGAAAAUUAAGAAAAUCAUUGAUGAAAAAUCUAAUAUGGGAUUUAUUUUGGAUGAUGGUGUAUGGGUGCUAAUGGCAAAGAAGAAUGCAGUGUUGAUUCGAUUAAAAAGUUCAAAGGGCCAUACUGAUAUUGGUUAUAAAUCUAUUGAUGGCAAAUUCAUCAUUGUCGGCAUGGCCGAAAAAGACAAAUUGAUAGAUUUGGAAGAUGAAAACAUAAAAAAUUACAAUCAUUAUAAAAAACUUACAUUGAUUGAUCAAAUAUUCAAAAAUGCUACCCCUCUGACCUAUGACAGGAUUCUUUUAGAUUUCCCUAAAAGGCUGAAGCCACCAAAAUGUGCAUUUCUCAAAGAUUCUAUUGCUAAUGAUUUUAAAUGGAUUUUGGUGACUAUUUCUUCAGAUUAUGGAUUUAUUCGAAAAGAUGAUAUAUGGUUGUUGAUGAUGAGGACUGUUGAUAACAAUUGGAAAAACACAAACAACAGUUACAAAAUUAUAGAUAACAGUUGGAUACCCAUGAAAAAUGAAAAUAAUUCUUGGGUACCAGUUAUCGAUCCUAAGAAAACUCCAAAAGUUCCCGAUUUAUGUAUAGAAGAUCCUGAAGCUCUACUUCCAUAUAAGAUAGUCCGGCUAUCCGGCAAUUUUGAAAAUGUAAUUGAUGUAAAUCCCUGGAGCGGAAUGGGCUAUUUGAAAAUUUCUGAUGAAUAUGUGUUGAUGAAAAAGAUGUCAUGUGAAAAAUGGGUGAGGUAUGUUGAUAACUCCAACAAUGUUUUGGUUCUGAAGUUUAAAGAUAAUGGUGAAUGGGAAAUAACGCCUAUUCACCCAUUCGAUAAAGCUAAAAAUUAUAUUGAUUCUGAUCAAACUUAUACCUCUGAAAAGAAGGAAACAUUUUCUACAAGCAAAGGACCUCGACACAUUCGCCCUCCACAAUAUAUUAAAUUGAUUGAAGAAGGCGUUUUGAAAUGGAAAAAAAUUUGUUUUGAGGACGGAUUCGCAUUCAUUAAAAGGAAAUAUUGGAUCUUGGUAAAAAAAAUUGAAAAGAAAAAAUGGGUGAUUGUAAAUGAAGAUGAAGGGUACAAUCUAAUUGAUAAUAGAUGGGUGGUAAUGAAAAAAAGCAAAGACCAAUGGCUACCUACUUUUGAUCCAAAACUAACUCCUAGAUGUUACAUGGAUCACAAUGAUAAUUCAAUGCUUCCUGUUAGAGUAAUUACCUUUAAAAAUGGACAUGCAAAAUAUUUAAAUACAGCAAAUGACUGCAGUUUAGGAUUCAUAAUAAAUACAGAUAAUGUAUGUAUACUUAUGAGAGAAACAGAUGGAAAAUGGACCGCAGUGGAAGAUGAUUUCAUUGAAACUCCCUCUAUGGCUUUCAAGAAUAUAGAUGGUAAAUGGCAAAGGAUGAAGAAGAAUGUACUCAAAGAAAAAUGGGUACCAUGCGCAAAGCAAUUAGAACUACCUAUUCUACAUUUCGAUGUGUUGGGUCAAAGAAACGAACCACCUCAUGAAAUUGUUCUUCGUAAUUCAAAGAAUAAAGUAAUCAGAAUGGACUUCAACAUUUUUUCUAAUGAAGGUUUCAAACAGAUCACCAAUGGUAUUUGGGUUCUUAUGCAACCAAAAGACAGUAAUGAAUGGGUAAGAUAUCCGGGUAUUUUCGGAAGUUAUGGUUAUAAAGUUAAAAAGGGUAAAAUAAUUGAAAACAGUCCGAUGAGUCUUAUAAUAAAAGACGUUCCGAUACUACCAGAUUAUUUCAAAAUAAAGGAUAAUCCAAUACAAUCACAAAAUUCAAAAGUAAAAGACAUACCACAACAACCACAUAAUCCAGCAAUAGACAUUCCAUUAGAGCCACAGAAUUCAAAAACAAAGGACAAAUCGAUAAACUUACUGAAUCCAAUAGAAAAAGACAUACCAAAGCAGCCAAAUAAUCCAGCAGUAAAAGACAUUCCAUUGCAACCACAGAGUUCAAGAACAAAAGAGAAUCCAACACAGCCACAAAAUACAACAAUAAAAGACAUUCCAAUACAGCCACUAACUCCAAAAAUGAAAAUAAAAGGCAUUUCUAUGGAGCCUGAGCAUCAAAAAAUAAAAUAUCUUGAAGACCUACAGAAUUUGAUAAUAUAUAAAAAUACUGAGAACUGGUCUGAUGGGACAUAUCCUCCAUUGGCAAUCAUGAUUCCUGGUUGGAUAAAUGAAGAAAACAAAAUUGAAUAUGGAUUUGUAAAAGAUGGAGAUGUUUGGAUUCUUAAAAGAAAAAUAAAAAAUACAUGGUACUUCAAAAAAUCAUUUGGACAAUACCAUGCAUACAAAUUGAUGGAAGAUCGUUGGAUCCCAAUGAAACUUGUUUCAAAUGAGUGGAAACCCACUUUUGAUCCCUCAAAAACACCUUAUAAUUUUCAUAAUACUGCUGGUAAGUUCGAGGACAAGCCUCCCUUACGAAUACAUUUGGACAAUAAAUGGAAGAUAACAUUUGAUAAUCCUGAAAUUGCAUUUAAUCGAGAUGAUGAUAUGUGGGUGGUAAUGAUAAGGACAAAAUCUGGUUUUUGGAAGAAAUAUCAAACAAAUGGCACAUCAAUAGGUUACAAAAUUAUAGAUGGUAUAUGGACGAAGUUUUAUAAAUAUCUCUAUUUGGAUAAAUGGAAUAUGUGUCGAGAUGCAAAAUUACCUGUGCAUUCUUGGGAUUUUACCCCAGGCAAUAAAAAAGCACCACCAAGUUCUUUAUGUUUUGGUUACUCACUUGCAUGUGAAAAAAUAAAACAAGUUUAUCUGGGGCAUAAUUCCACAAAAGGCUUCAUUAGUGAUAAUGGUGCCUGGGUCCUGAUGACAAGGCAAGACCUCACAUGGGUAAAAUUCGAUCGAUUCCCAUGGCUGAAAGGUUCAUUUGCAUACAUAUUGAAAAAUAAUAUAUGGAGAAUUGUAAAGAAAGAUGUUGAUGGUUCGUGGAAAUGCGGUUCAUUGAAUAAAGAUGGUGAAUGGUUUUACGGAAAUAAACUAGUACAAGUGAAGAAACCCUUGGAUAUAGGUGAAAUGGUAAAAUUGCAGUCGCAAAAAGUAUUACCUAAGUUUUUGUUGAUAUUCUAUCCUGAUUCAGAUUCGAUGCCAACAAAAAUUUCUUUAACAUCUUUAACUGAACCACAAAUCAAUUUUCAGCGUCAAGAUGGUGCGUGGCUUCUGCUCAUGUACAAUAAACACAAAUGGGAAAUUCUUGGUGGAAUGAUUGCAUAUCUGAUGAUCGACAACCGAUGGGUAACUAUGAACCUGCUUGGUAGUACAUGGGUACCAGCAUAUGACCCAAUUACUACACCGAUAACAUAUUUUGAAUCUGUGAAGCCCAUUGACUUUAGACCACCUCUCAGAAUAGUUAUUAAUGAAAGGGGAGUAGAUGAAUGGAAAGUUAUAUUCCAACACUCAGGUUAUGGUUUUGUGAAAGAGGAUGAUCUCUGGGUUCUCAUGAAAAUAUCUUAUGACGGCACUUGGGUAAAGCAUCAGGAUCAUUUUCAAGAACUGACAGGCUAUAAAUUUGUUGAAUUUAAAUGGAAAAGAUUCAAAAAAAAUAUCGAAGACAAUUGGAAAUGUAAUGAAUCAUCCUUACCUUUAUUACAAUGUGAUUUUUCGAUACUUCAUCAGGAAUUGCCUCCUCCUUUAUUUCAUGAUUUUCUGAAAGAUCCUACAAUUACUUGCGAAAGUAAUGAAAGUAAUCUCAGUUUUUAUUCAAAAUUUGGAUACCAAAAAGAUAAUAACAUAUGGGUUUUGAAGGAAUGUGACAACAAUGGCUCAUGGUCAGAGCAUAAGUUUUUCAUCAAUCAAACAGAAUUAUUUGGAUUCCAGUCGAUCAACAAUAUUUGGAAAUUGUUUAGAAAAGAUCAAACUGGCAAUUGGAUCAGCGGCCAACUCUUAUACUCUGAUAAUAAUGGAUGGAAAUUUAUUGAAGCAAUCACAAAGCAACAAGAACCAAAGAAAUUGUCUUUAAAUAUGGAAGGUAUAAAAGCCAAGAAAAAACAGAAACCUAAAUAUAAGAAGCAAAAUAAAUCUAAAAUGGAGGAAGAAAUUGAAAAUAAUGAGCAAAAUGAAAAAGAAAUCAUAAUUAGAAACGAAGGAGUGCGUGAAAAAGGAAUUGAAGAUAAAACCCAAGAUGAAAAUGUGCCAAAAAUUUUAGACGAUAGAACAAACGAAAUUGAAGAGUGUAAUGAACAAGGAAAUACGAUUAAACAAAAUGAAGGAGGAGUUCAAAUUAAUUGUAAUGAACAAGGACAUACGAUUGAACAGAAUGAGGGAGGAGUUCAAAUUAAAGUUGAAGCAUUCUGCCUCAAUUUGGGGGAUAAACAAGAAGGAGAUGUACAUCAAAAAGAAAUCAAAUGUGAGUUUGUAUCAGAAAAACGAGUUGAACAGAAUGUUGUAAUCAGUAGUGAACAAAAAAGUAGAAAAGAAAAGGAAGAUCAAAUUAAAAACGUACAAUUGGAAGAAAAUGAGGCUGAACAAGCAGAAGGAAUUGCAAUUUCCCAAGUAAUCGAAUGUAAAAAUGAUGAGGAUGAACCAAAAAAUAAACAAGUAAAACAAAACAUUGUUCAUAGUACUGUCCGAACAAGUAUUGAUAAGAAUGAUGAAAAAGUUAUUAACAUCACUAAGCAAACAAAUAGUGACGAAAUCUCAAUGAAUUGUAAAAUUGAAAAUGAAGAAAUAAACAAAUUUGAAAUAGCCAUAACCAAUCCGGUUAAGUAUCACGAACUUUCUGGACUUUCUGUCGGAGAAAAACCUCCAAAAAGUGUAUGUCUCAAUAUUCGUGGAGUUCCUCGAAGAGUUCCACUCGUUUCAAAAUCAUCAAAAAUUGGAUUUCAACAUCACAAUGGGGUUUGGGUUCUGUUGGAGCGUUUAUCUGGAGAUUGGAAGAUUUUGCACAAUUCAGCCGGUAUCCCGCUAGCUUACAAACUGAUGGACAAUCGUUGGGUCAGCAUGAGAAUUAGCAGAAGUGGAUCUUGGAUCUCUACCUUCAAUCCCUCAACAACGCCUCGGACAUUCUUCGACACUGAGGGCCCAGAUGAUAUGAAACCACCCAGAAGAGUAGUUAUUAAUGAAAAUGGAAUCUUAAAGUGGAAAGAAAUAAGCGAGUUUUCUAACUUCGGCUUCCUCAAAAAAGAUGACAUGUGGGUUCUGAUGCAGAAAAGCCCCAACACUAAAUGGGUUGAAUAUAUGACCAUAGAACGGGAAUUAUGCGCUUUUAAGAUGCAGGAUUCCAAAUGGACCAAAUUUACAAAAAAAACUGAUGAUACUAGUUGGAAAAUUAUCGUCGAAAAUUUACCCGUAUUACACUAUGAUUUUGCUUUUGAGUCUAAAGCUGCGCCUCCAGUAAUAACCAAUUAUUUGCUGAAAAAAAAUAAGUUAGAAACCACCAACGUUGGUUUUUCGUGGAAUGAUGGAGCUUGGGUGUUCAUGGAACGCGAAGAAAGCGACAACUGGACAGCUGCCAGAAGUACAUGCGGCUUCGCUCGAACAACUGGUGAAUUUUGGAACUUGUUGGAAAAAGAUGAGUCUUGGCAGUGGAAGACAGUUGAAUCGAAUUGCGAGUUUGAAUUGAUUUUCGAAAGAACGUUCCAACCACAUGUGAAAAGAAAAAGGGAAGUCAUUGCAUGCCCUCCGAAUAAAAAGCUAAAAACAUCUCAGUCAGAAUCUUCCAGUGAAGGUGUGACCGAAGUUAAGAUAUAUCAAACUUCUUCAAUCGAAAACGAAUUAGAUAACCCAGUGCAGCAUCGUGAAAAUGUUGAGACUUUUGUUCAAGGGCAAAAAGAGACAGAAUCCUGUUCCACUGAAGUUUCAACGACUGACGAACCGGCUACUAAAAUAGAACAUGAGUCUGGCAAGUUGCAUUCUGAAGCAAAAGGUCAGAAGAUUACUCCAAAUAAGGAAGGUUUGAAUGAUGUCGAACGGUAUCUAGCUUUAAAUUCAGAUUGUUGCGUUGGUUGUCCCGAACUUCAAAACCUACUGCGGAAUCACCGUCCUUCAAACGUGCCUAACAAGAUUUUGAGGAAGAAGUUCAGGCUUCCAGAUGGUGGAAGUAGGAUAUUGAGUAUUCCAAAGUAUAUUCCUUCAAAACCAAAAGAAGAUGAUCAAAACAUUGAAGAGGCUUAUAAAAGAGGACCAGAUAGUGAAGAAGAUUCGGUAGCAAAGAGAAUCAAAUGCCAGCAGUUAUAAUGUAAAAAGUAUUUGUUUGUAUGGUACGUAGUCUUGCGUACUCUUGUUGUAUUAAUAUUAACGGGUGUGGCCAAAAAUAUUAUCUCUAACAUAAGCGUUAUGACACUUUUCAAAUCUGAGCACA